AUGUUUUCCUUCUUUUUUGGACUGCUUUAUUCAUUCUUCCGUUUUAUUGUAUCUCCAUCAAAUGGCUGUAAAAUUUUUCUUAGUUUCCCAGCUAAAAUAAUUUUUAGAGCACUUCAUAGGGUACAGCCCGCAUGGACAAAUUCAGGAGAUUGCCCUCGUUCACGUGAAGAACGCCGCGUUUUUGGCCUUAUAGCUUAUCAGGCACGUGUUUGUGUUCGUCUGCCUGAACUUAUACCACAUAUAAUUAAUGCUGCUUCUUUGACUGUCGAUGUGUGCCAAGCAGCAUUCGCUGACCGAAGAUGGAAUUGUUCCUCUAUUUUAACUGCUCCAAAUUUAAGUGCCGAGUUAAACAGUGAUACCGUGACGACAACAGCUCCAAUUGCAAGCGACCAUUUUCAAAGAAAUUUUACUGAAUUAAGUUAUAAAUGGAAAGGCUGCAGUGAUAAUGUCGUUCAUGGACGAAGAAUUAGCCGUGAAUGGAGUGAUUCAAAAUGGAGACCAAAUCCUGCGGAAGCAGUUAAUGAAAUUGCAGCUCGAAAUCGUUGGAAUAUUGUUGAUGCUGAAAGAAUUGGAGGAAGCGAUGAUUAUAUAGAAGACCAAAUGAGGGUUUUAAAACUUAAGAGGCAUUCUCCAAACAGCAAACGUAAUAAUGGACAAAAGGCGCGCAUGAAUGAAUUCAACAAUGAAAUUGGUAGACAAGUUGUAGAGCAAUCCCUAUACAAAAAGUGUAAAUGUCACGGAGUUUCAAGGCUUCACAUUUUAUUUAUUAAUCAUAAAAUCCGUUUUUAG